AUGGUUAAGUCAUACCAGCGUUUUGAACAGGCAGAUGUGUUUGGCGUGGUUACCGCAAACAGCAACUGUGUGUGGUUACCGUCUCAGGCGAAAAAUUCACCGGGCCAAGUAAUCACCGGCGCUCUCGAAGAGGUCAAAUGCUGGGAAAUCAAGACUGGCGAACUUCUCAAAACUAUGCGGGAUGGUCUACCGCCUGGAGCGAUUGAUACUAAGGCAGAAAAACCAGCAGAAGCGACCUACUUGCAAUAUCACGAGGAGACUUUCAUCUUAGCGGUGGGAUAUGCGGAUGGUACGAUCAAAAUUUGGGAUAUGCAAACACAGACCGUGCUGAUCGUUUUCCACAGCCACAGCUCUGCUAUAACAAUUCUAAGAUUUGACCAGACUGGGACCAGGCUAAUAUCGGGUUCGCGUGACGCCACCAUAAUCUUAUGGGAUCUUGUGGCCGAGACAGGGCUGUGUAAAUUGCGGUCUCACAAGGAUGCAAUUACUGGUAUAUGGUGUGAGAAUGAUGACUGGCUGAUUAGUGUGUCUAAGGAUGGGUUGAUCAAAUUGUGGGACAUGAAGGUUCACCAAUGUGUGGAGACUCAUAUGGCCCAUACAGGAGAAUGCUGGUCUCUUGCAGUCAAAGACAAUAUGGUCAUAACUGCAAAUGCAGAGUCUGAGAUAAAACUUUGGGAACUAGACCUCGAAAGACCCAAUGGCAGUAUGCUGCUUGAAAAGGGAAGUUACGAAAAACAAAGCAAACAGAGGUGCACCGAAUUAAGCUUUACUACAGUGGCAGAUGGGACAACUUUCUUCUACUCGCUGAAUUCCGACAAAACUAUGGAGAUAUUUAGAAUUAGAUCCGAAACAGAGAUAGCGAAGGCGCUGAAAAAGAGAGAGAAAAGAUUCAAGGAAAAAGGUAUGAGUGAUGAGGAAAUUCAAGAAAGCUUCCGUAACUCGUAUGCGAACUUACUUUUGCAUCCUUUCCAACUCGUAAGGUCCCUAUUUAAGCUAAAAGCAUCUUCAUGGACGGUCUGUACCCCAUCUAAAUUGGAACUGGUGAUCACGACUGCAAACAACACUAUAGAGUACUACUCAAUCCCAUACAAAAAGAAGGAACCGCUCCAGCCUACUGCGAUCAAAUUGCAUAGUAUCGAAUCGCCGGGCCAUAGGACUGAUCUACGUGCUGCAGACAUCAGUAGCGAUGAUAAGCUACUAGCAACUGCUUCAAAUGGAAACCUAAAGGUCUGGAACAUCAAGACUAAAACUUGUAUCCGCAAUCUUGACUGUGGCUAUGCUUUAUGCUGUAAGUUUUUACCAGGUGGCGCCUUGGUUAUUCUGGGUACAAGAGCGGGCCAACUUCAGCUAUUUGAUCUCGCAUCUUCUACUAUGCUAGAAAAUAUUGAAGAGGCACACACCGCUGCAAUCUGGUCUUUAGACCUAACUAGUGAUGGGAAGAGGCUAGUGACUGCGUCCGCAGACAAGACUGUCAAAUUUUGGGAUUUCAAAGUCGAGCAGGAACUAGUAGCGGGAACCCUAGACAAGUUUGUUCCUAAAAUGAAGUUAAUUCAUGACACAACUCUUGACCUCGGAGAGGAUCUUUUGUGUGUCAAGAUUUCCCCAGAAGACAGGUUUUUGGCUGUCUCUUUGUUAGACAACACUGUGAAGGUAUUCUUUUUGGAUUCAAUGAAGUUCUUCUUAAGUUUAUAUGGUCACAAACUUCCUGUUCUUUCUAUGGAUAUUUCUCAUGACUCAAAACUGAUUAUCACAUCAUCUGCAGACAAAAACAUUAAGAUAUGGGGCCUAGAUUUUGGUGACUGUCAUAAAUCGUUGUUUGCACACCAGGACUCUAUCAUGAACGUCAAAUUUCUACCUGAAAGUCAUAAUUUCUUUAGUUGCAGUAAAGAUGGAACGGUAAAGUACUGGGACGGCAAUAGCUUUGACUGUAUCCAGAAGCUAUAUGGGCACCAAGGUGAGGUGUGGGCCCUUGCAGUAUCAAGCGAUGGCCAGGCUGUCGUGUCUGUUUCCCAUGAUCGUAGUAUUAGGGUUUGGGAAGAAACUGAAGAUCAAGUUUUCCUAGAAGAAGAGAGGGAAAAAGAAUUGGAAGAGCAAUAUGAAAAAACUCUAUUGACUUCCCUAGAGGGCGGCUCCGGUGAUGAUGCUUUUAUCUCCAAUAAUGGAGAUGAAACUGCGGGUGUCGAGUCCACUGAAGUGCAUAAGCAAACUAUUGAGUCCUUAAAAGCUGGUGAAAGGCUCAUGGAAGCUUUGGAUUUGGGCAUAACUGAAAUUGAUGCAUGGGAGAAAUAUGAACAGCAAAUGAAAUUGUGGAAUAAAAAAUUAGGCGACCAGCCUACGAAACCACAAACUAAUGCUAUCCUUGCCGCCCUGGAUAAGACACCCGAGGCCUACGUGAUGGAAACAUUGUCGAAAAUCAAACCAUCUCAGCUAGAGGAUGCUCUCCUAGUCCUUCCCUUCUCAUAUGUUCUGAAGUUUCUGAAGUUUAUUGACAUUGCAAUCAAGAAUGAUGUUAUCUUGCACAAACAGCUACCAUUGCUGUGCAAAAUCCUGAUCUUUGUUGUGCGAUCCAACCAUAAGGAGCUCGUUUCGCAGAAAAAUGAAGAGUUGAAAAUGCAAAUCAAUAGAGUGAAAGAUCAACUGAGGGCCGCACUGCGCUCUCAUGUCGAUGACCUUGGCUUCAAUAUCCAGGGUCUGAAAUUCGUAAGGAACCACUGGAACGUUAACCAUAACUACGAUUUCAACGAUGAAUAUGAUCAAUUAGCGAAGGAGAAAGUCCACUCAAAGAAGCGUCUCUUCCCAACUUUUUAA